AAUUAGACUUGCUAGUCUAGACCUCUGGAGCAAUGGAAAUCUGGUGCUUGCGCAUUCAGGACGAAAUGCUCAAAGCUGCCUCAAUUCACACCCUACACCAAUGCCUGGGCAGGACUUCACCUGUCUUACAUUGGUGAGCAAACCACUUCCCGCACAGAUAUUGAUCUGGAUACUGUCAGUUCCUGAUUAAUUGGAAAAGCAAUAGAAGUGAAAUUUAUUACACUCUAUUAAGACGUGUACAAUUCCAAAAGUAAUGCAGAAUGAUCCCAUCAGAAGUUUAUCUGCUCCUUUUCUUCCCAUCAGAAUUGUAGAGUAUCACAGCUGUAUUUUUGCAUGCCCCCGGGAUCUAAAUCGGACCCCCAGGAUACAGCACCAGCUGCUCAGGAACCAGGAGACUUGCCCAGGGACCGCCUGCAGAGAUGGUUCCCCGGAGAGCUCCUCUGUGUUAUAUGCUCUAGUGAGAUCCAGAGUCUGCAGUCAUCCACAAUAACCACCACACUUACAGCAGUGGAAAAAUCAUGGCACAGUAGUCAAGACACAUCCGAGGAAGGAUCCUCCGCGGGUCCUGACGCCCAAUAGGUCUCAGUAAAAUAUUCAGUGAAGGUUGAGUAGAGGGGUUUACAUAGCAGCAGUCACGAGAAAAUUUUAUCGCCUCAUUGUUUCCGUUGAGAAAAUAGGGACAGUAUUUGUUAAAUCACAGCACAAAAAUGAAGUGUUUCUAAUAUUUUUAAUUUUUUUUUUUUUGAGACGGAAUCUCGCUCCGUCGCCCAGGCUGGAGUGCAGUGGGCGAUCUUGGCUCACUGCAACCUCCGCCUUCCGGGUUCAAGCGAUUCUUGUGCCUCAGCCUCCCAGAUAGCUGGGAUUACAGGCACCCAUCACCACGCCUGGCUAAUUUUUGUAUUUUUAGUAGAGACGGGUUUUCACCAUGUUGGCUUGGCUGGUCUUGAACUCCUGAGCUCAAGUGAUCCACCCGCCUUGGCCUCCCAAAGUGCUAGGAUUAACAGGCGUGAGCCACAGCGCCCGGCCUAACAUUUUAAAUUUCUUAGUGGUUUGGAAAGAAAGCACCAUAGAAGUUCUCGCCUUCCCUGUCCUCUGUUUAUGUUUGUUUAGAAAAGAGCAAAACAAACCCAAGUGUUUGCUAAUUCCUAACAUUUAAACUGGAAAGACUGCCCGUAAGAAAAGACUUAAAAUUUUUAGAACAUCUUGAGAUGACGCCUUGCCUCCCGCCUCCCCAGGCGGCGCAGUGGGAGUGACUACGCGGGGCUUAGUGUCGUGAGAGCUGCCCUGGGAAAGGGACUUGGAGUGCGCAGUCAGCUAGUGACGCGGUCUCCUAAGGGUCCCCAGGACAGCUUGAGUAGCCCCGCGGGCAAGCCCCCGACCUGGGUUCCGCGUUGACCCCUCAGAGCGGCCUGCUGCUCCCCCACGCGCCAGAACCGGCGACAGGGCCACUUUAAGGGCGCCCGGGGCGUGCUCGCCCUCAGCUGCGGCCAGGAGCCAUUAGUGCAGGGGGCGGGCCCGGGACGCAGCGGCUGUGGAGCUCCUCCUGCUGGGAGGCUGCCCCAGGACCCAGCACGUGCGCAGCGGCCAUGGCUUCCUCAAUUAUCUGCCAGGAGCACUGCCAGAUCUCGGGCCAGGCAAAAAUAGACAUCUUAUUAGUUGGAGAUGUCACUGUGGGCUACCUGGCUGAUACUGUACAGAAACUAUUUGCAAACAUAGCAGAAGUCACCAUCACCAUCAGUGACACGAAGGAGGCAGCAGCGCUUUUGGAUGAUUGCAUAUUCAACAUGGUUCUCUUGAAGGUGCCUUCUUCACUAAGUGCUGAGGAGCUGGAAGCCAUCAAGUUAAUUAGAUUUGGCAAAAAGAAAAAUACACAUUCACUGUUUGUUUUUAUAAUCCCUGAAAAUUUUAAAGGUUGUAUUUCAGGGCAUGGAACGGAUAUUGCUUUAACUGAACCACUGACAAUGGAAAAAAUGAGUAAUGUGGUAAAAUACUGGACAACAUGUCCCUCAAACACUGUUAAGAUUGAAAACGCAACUGGACCUGAAGAACUUGGAUUGCCCCUGCAGAGGUCCUACAGCGAACACCUGGGAUAUUUUCCUACUGAUCUAUUUGCCUGCCCUGAAUCUUUAAGGAAUGGCAAUGGGCUUGAAUUAAAUGCUUCGUUGUCAGAGUUCGAGAAAAACAAAAAGAUCUCUCUUCUUCAUUCAAGCAAGGAAAAACUAAGAAGGGAAAGAAUCAAAUAUUGCUGUGAGCAGCUGCGUACUCUCUUGCCGUAUGUAAAAGGGAGAAAGAAUGAUGCGGCUUCAGUUCUUGAGGCAACAGUUGAUUAUGUGAAAUAUAUCCGGGAGAAAAUCUCCCCAGCCAUUAUGGCCCAGAUUACAGAAGCACUUCAGAGCAACAUGAGGUUUUGUAAGAAACAACAAACACCCAUUGAGCUGUCUCUCCCAGGCACUGUCAUGGCACAGCGGGAAAACAGUGUGAUGAGCACUUACUCCCCUGAGAGAGGGCUCCAAUUCCUGACUAAUACGUGCUGGAAUGGGUGCUCCACUCCUGAUGCAGAGAGCUCCUUGGAUGAAGCUGUGAGAGUUCCAUCAAGCUCCACCUCAGAGAAUGCUAUUGGUGAUCCAUAUAAAACUCACAUUCCCAGUGCAGCGCUGUCUCUGAAUUCCUUGCAUACUGUCAGAUAUUAUUCUAAAGUCACCCCUUCCUACGAUGCAACUGCUGUAACAAAUCAGAACAUUUCAAUUCAUUUACCUUCAGCCGUGCCCCCGGUCUCAAAGCUUCUCCCUCGGCACUGCACUUCUGGGUUGGGCCAGACGUGCACUACACAUCCCAACUGUCUGCAACAGUUUUGGGCAUAUUAAAAGCACAUGUUUGAAAUUCACACUCUCAACCACCUACUGGGCGCAGUUUGACAAUCUAGGAAAAGUGGAACAAAGAAUGAUUUUGAAAGCUCCACCCAAAGACCUAAUAUCAAAAGAGUUGGCAUGGUUUGGCUUCUGAUAAAUGCACUCAAAGCUUCUGCAGAUAGAAAGACCAGCAGCGAAAAAGCUGGCCGCACACUGUCACUCAUCUUCAUACACACUUGGAUCCCCGCCAGCCAGAGAGCUACAAGAACAAAUGGCCUUAGUGACCUACACUCUCUUUUCUCAAAAAAUAUUCCACAAUUUAUGAAAAAAGCAUGCUAUAAGGAAGAUCCAUGUAGACACGGUAAAAUGAUUAGAUUGGGAAGGUGUGUUGAUACCUUGUGUCACUGAGUACAGAUAUUACAACUUGAUUCUUAUUUUUAGUAUCCCUGUGAAUUACUGUCACUCAUUUCUAGGUGGUCUUUUCCUUAUUUGACAUUUUAGAGAGUUUCCUUCUUCAUUCACCAUCCAAACUAAGAUAUGCAGAGAGAUGCUGAAAGAGGGGUUUACCUCCUCACUUGACUACUAAUGAAUAAAUUGAUGUGUGCUUUUGCAUUGCACAAUCCCUUGAGUGAAACGAUGGCUAAUAGGUAAAUAUUUCUUUCUGGACCUUAAGUUACAGACUAGCAGGUUUUUUGUUUUUCAUCUCUUCCUCCCUAUGGGUAUUAGAAAGGACAGUUGAAAAUAAGGGGGAAAAAGGUUUGUUUUAUAUUUCACUGAAUUGUUCUUAUAUGUAAGUUUUAUUAUUAAAUAAAAUACUCAGUUUUCACCCUGA